AUGGGCGCCGCCGUCUGCUUCGGCUGCGCCGCGAUCGCCUUCGGGCCGGCGCUCGCGCUCGUCGUGCUGCGCGUGGCGGCGGAGCCGCUGCGGGUCAUCGUGCUGGUGGCGGGGGCAUUUUUCUGGCUGGUAUCGCUGCUCUUGGCAUCUCUGAUCUGGUUCGUUUCGGUCCAGCUCAGCGACCGGGAGGACGCCAAGCUGCAGUACAGCCUCCUCAUCUUCGGGGCCGCCGUCUCCGUCCUGCUGCAGGAGGCUUUCAGAUUCGCCUACUUCAAGCUGUUGAAGAAGGCAGAUGAAGGCCUGGCGAUGAUCAGCGAGGAUGGCCGGUCCCCCGUCUCCCUCAGGCAGAUGGCUUACGUCUCAGGCCUGUCCUUCGGCAUCAUCAGCGGCGCGUUUUCCUUCAUUAACGUCCUGGCAGACUCCAUCGGGCCGGGCACCGUUGGAAUCCACGGGGACUCGCCGUACUACUUCAUCACGUCCGCCUUCCUCACCAUGGCCCUUGUCUUGCUCCACACCUUCUGGGGAGUGAUAUUCUUCGACGCCUGCGAAAAACGCCGCUACGGGAGCCUGGGGCUGGUGGUUGCCAGUCACCUCCUCGCCUCGGGGCUGACGUUCCUGAACCCCUGGUACGAGGCCAGCCUGGUGCCCAUCUUCAUCCUCACCCUCUGCACGGGCCUCUGGUCCUUUGUCACCGCUGGGGGCUCCUUCCGCAACAUCCUCAAGUGCCUCUCCUGUGAGCAGGAGGGUGACCGCAGAGUGACGACGUACUCGGCGCUGCAGGUGCCUUUUGAGGACUGAGCGGCAGCCGCAGCCCUGCCGCUGCCCGCGCCACCCCCAAGUGCCCUCUUCUCGGCAGCCGGAAGGUCAGGACGCUGCCCCCGCCUCUGCGGCUUGCUCCUCCGGUGCCGCCACCCGGCCGAGCCCUGGGCCCUCUCCGUGGCGCAGAGGCGGCUCCGUGCCCUCUUACGCUCCAGAGGGGGUUUUUGGGGUCCACCUGGUGCUUGUGGGUGCCCUGUUUAGCUUCAUCAGGGACUCGGGUUGGACUUUUUUCCUUAGAGGGUAUGGCUGGAGGGGGAAGGUGGGAGGGGGGGCCGGGUGCCCUGUGGUGUGGGCAGGCCCCCCCCUUCCCUCGCAUUUCCCCCCUGGAGGGGCCCAACCUGCUGCCAUUCCCCGCUCGGCCUCAGUGGAAGUGGGGUGACCCAGGAUGGGGGGUGCUCUGCCCCGCUCACCCCCUUUCUGCUCCCCACUGGGUCUUGUCUGGGGGCACCCCUUACCCUGCUGUGCCACUGGGGACGGGGUAAAUUAUGUUUUUGAUUCCGA